AUGCGACUUUUUGUUUUCGUUGUUCUCUUGUUUGACCGGAAGCUGUCGGCCGUGACGGAUUUGUUUGUGCUGGCCAUGCAACCCAUGACCGGCCCCUGGCCCGGCGGAGACGGAAUCAGGGAAGCCGCCACAAUGGCGCUGGAGGAUGUUAACGGACGAGAAGAUGUUCUAGCCGGCUACAACCUCAGUAUGAUUUGGGUGGACAGCGAGGGCGAUGCCGGGCUGUGCGUCAACCGGAUGUACGAGAGUCUGUACAGACCGCUAACAAAGAUCGCCAUCUUCGGCGCGUCCAGGUCGCCCGUCACAGAGGCCACUGCGCGGUCGUCUCACCACUGGAACCUACUCCAGAUAUCUUCCAUUUCAUCAUCACCGGCUCUCUCUGACAAAAACAUCUACCCUCGUUUCUUCCGCACCAAUAGUCCAGAGCUGUCGUUUAACGCUCCGCGCAUGGAUUUCAUCAAACAGUUCGGCUGGAAGAAGAUCGCCACAAUGCACGGCUCAGAUCACCUGUUCGCCUUGCCAAUUGAAAACAUGAUUGAACUUCUUAGAAGUAACAAUAUUGAAAUAAUUCGCUCCGAGAUCAUCACGAAGAACCCAACGCUACAAGUAGCAAACUUGAAGAAAUAUGGCGCCAGAAUUAUAAUUGCACUCUUUUACGAAAGUGUUGCAAGGCAGGUGUUUUGUGAGGCUUACAAAAUUGGAUUCUACGGACCGAAGAUUGUUUGGAUCAUAAGCGGCUGGUACGAGUCGUCAUGGUGGCAGCCUCGUUCUGGCGAAAGCCUCGACUGCACAACGGAACAAAUGGGUCGAGCGGCAGAGGGCGCCGUCUCGAUGAAGAGAAUUCACAUCAGUCCCCUGAACGAGAAGACGAUCGGGGGGAUAGUUCCUCGGGACUUCUUCUCGCUACUCGAUAAGCGAACCAACAGUAAGAAGUUCAUCGGCCACGCCUUCCUGCCGAAAACGUACGAUGCCGUCUGGGCGCUCUCUCUUGCCUUGAACGCGACAAUGACAAAUCUUACACACUCAGGCAGCUCAAAGGGUUUGGAGAACUUCACGUACAGCGACCAGGACAUGGCGGAUCUGAUUGUGGGAGAACUGAAGAAUGUUCGUUUCAUGGGACUUCCGGGUCUGAUCACGUUUAACGAGCACCAUGACGCGGUGUCGUCAGUGUUCGUACGCAGACUGCAAGAUUUGAAAGUACUUAAGGUUGGUCUCUUUGAUCCCACAAUGAACGCUGGAGUGAGAAUUAAAUGGCAGAACCCGCAGAUGCCUAUCAGGUGGAAAGAUGGCCGGACCCCCAAGGACUCGAUGACGAUCUAUGAGCGCACGGAGCGACUUUCUCUCAGCAGCUACGUGACGAUGUGCUGUCUGGCUGGAGCCGGCAUCAUCCUCAACAUCGGCUUUCUCUUCUUCAACGUACACUACAGACACGCCAGAAUGGUGAAGAUGUCGUCUCCUAGACUAAAUAACUUGACGCUUGUCGGCUGCUUCCUCCUCUAUCUGGUGCCACUGCUCGGAGAGUACGCCAUCACUGACUCACGAGCAUUGUGCAUGUUGAGAUUCAUCAUUCUCGUUGUCGGGUUCUCGUUAGCAUACGGCGCCUUGUUUGUGAAAACGUGGAGAGUCUACGUAAUCUUUACCAAUUCAACUAAACAGAAAAAUAUCGUGACUGACACGAAGCUGAUCGUGAUGCUGGGUCUGCUGGUUCUCUUCAACGUGCUCGUCCUGUGUGUCUGGUUCACCGUCGAUCCGGUCAGGAUCGUCAACACAAAACUCGUGCCGCUGGUGAACGAUGCCGAAGACAUCGAAAUCCGUGGCAUCGUUAAAACCUGUGAUUCCGAAAACCAGAUAUAUUUUCUUGGCAUCCUUUUCGGCAUCCAGGGAAUACUGAUGUUACUGGGGUCUUUCUUGGCAUACGAAACUCGGAAGGUUUCAGUGCCGGGCCUGAACGACUCGAAGAUGAUCGGGGUGGCCAUCUACAACGUGGUCGUGCUCAGCGUGCUCGGGGUGACGGUGUCGCUGGCGCUCAGACUGAAGAUCGACCUCACCUACUGUCUGUCGAGCGGAAUCCUCAUCCUGGCCACCACCGUCACGCAGUGUCUUAUCAUGGUUCCCAAGAUUGUCAACUUGACCGGUAACGCUGUCGGUUCAGUGGAUGACACGGUUACACGGAACGCGACUCAUGUCACCGACCUGUCGUCUCGCACCCAGGACAUUACGAGACUGAUCAAGUUAGAACGGGAGCUCAUAGAGAAAGAACGACGCAUAAAGGAGUUAGAAGAGGGCCACGCUGCCAAAGAUCGAAUGGUUUUACUGUCGAAACAAAACACUACUUCUACCCAGUCACCGGACACAUCCAGGACUGUGUUAACAAAUACGACAAACAGUUCCGUAUAA